UACUUUCAUUUAUCUCCAUUUCUGCAUACAAAACCCUAAACCCAGGUGAAAUUUGAAAUCUUCGCACUGUUGGUUAAUUGAGCUUUAUGCCGUACUUCAACUCUCUCAAUCAUAACUGUAACCCGAUGUUUUUUGUUUAAUUAAUAAAAACAUUUUCUACACUUCUCUUCGAGAUUCUUGUGGAGCUCCACUUGUAUCACUGAUACUUAUCUUUGGGAUUUUGUUUCCCAAUUUCACAUAGGUUAGGGAAAAUGGUGGAAUUGGAGAAGAGCAAGUGUGAUUUUUGAUUUUUGCUAGGAAAAAGACAGCCUUUUUCUCUUGCGCUUCUAUCGUAAGAGAAGUAUAAAAACUGGGUGCAACAUCACUAGCCUAAUGUGUCCAAGGCAACUUUUUGACGGACUUAAACCUAAAUGAAGAACUGCCUUGUAAGUGCUGUUCCCUGAGGAUGAUUGCUAUUUUAUUCUCAGCAAAGCACAGAUAUAUUCUUAAAUAGAUGCUUAAGGAUAACUCAUAUGGAUAUCAAGUUUUUGUUAAUGUUCUGUAUCUUUCUUCUCGUCUGGACUUAUUAUGAUCAUGUUAUAGGGCUGAUUAUUGCAAUGACAAUUUAUGAAUAGUGGUAGCUUGUAUCUUUCGUGUGUCUGCGGAAUAAAAGGUCAUUAAUCAAGUAAAGUGAUUUUUGAUCGUGUAACAGGUCCUUGGAAGUGUUAUGUCAGAAUUCUCAUAUUCACACUCUAAUAAUUCAUUUUUUCUUUAGGUCCUUGACUAACAUACAUAUUACAAACAUACUUGGUGUGCUCCAUCUCAAGCAGCUUGAGAGGAAUGGCUGCAUCAGCAAAGACACUAGCUCAUGACAAGCCUAACCCAGCUGAAGGCUGGACAGUUGUAUUGCCUCGUCGUGGGAAACAGAAAAGGAAUUUUCAUAAAGUUAUCAUCCACGAGCGGAAAAAGCAAGAGGAAGUGUGGACUCCGGCGGAUAUUGAGACCAGUUCGGAGAGAGAAUCUAAAUUGAUGCAGAAGAUGCAAAACUGCGUAAAGAAACUUGAGAGCUCCUCCUUCUGGUUAACAUUUUCAGAUCAGUUACAAACCCCUGAAAUACUUGAUCAGUUUCUAAAAGCUCUGUGCUCAGAAGGAAAGAUGCCGAUGGUAAUAUAUGGAAUUGGUAGCAUAGAAUUGUAUGAGCCUCCUCGAUUACAGCUUAGUCUUGCAAUCUUAAUGAAAAGAAUGUUUAGUUGGAUUGGGGAUGUAGAGGUAUUUGAUCCAGUGAUCUCUGUGGCAGAAUUUAAGGUACUGGAAGCUCUUGGCUGUUCUGUCCUAACAGUAAAUGAACAGGGUCGACGGCGAGCUAUGAAACCUAUGAUGUUCUUCAUGCCACAUUGUGAAGCUGAACUGUAUGACAAUCUUCUGGAGGCAAAUUGGAGGCCCGAUCUAUUGAAUAAUGUUGUAUUGUUUGGGAACAAUUUUGAGGCAUAUGAGCAACACUUGUCAGUGUGCAAAAACCUUACUCUUGCUGAUUCUAGGAAGCAUAUCCUGGCAAUCAGGCAGUUCGUAAAAGAGCAUGCAAUCGACUCUUUUUCAGAUGAUUUUUUUCGAGCAUUCCAUGGUUCGAGUUGGCAUUUUUUCGAUAUUGAUCCUCAUACAGAUUUAUGUGAUGCUAAACUAUGAAUAUCAAAUUCGUAUUAAAAUGUAGGAAAAUUCUCUUCUUCACCUUUUGUUUUCUGGAAUUAAAGCCUGCUGUCAAGCUCUAAACAUUUUUUUUUGGUUACGUCUGCUUCAUUGAUGCAUGAUAGUUCCUCUAUGUGCAUGCCUUUGGAGAUGCCUCUUUUAAGUGUCCAAAAGAAAUAUAUUCAAUUUUAUAAAAAGCCUGGUUGUGUAAUGUGUAAAACAUCCUAUCUGCUUUAUAUCCCAGUAACUGCAUUUUUUCUGAUGUUUCCAAAGCAAUGCGUGAAUCUCAAACAUGGAGGUUGGAGAGUUGGUGCUGUGUUUUCUGACCUCGGGCUUCUUUAUGACUUCUAUCUGAAGGUGAGUGAAAGUGAAUAUUUCGCUUUUGCAUCAAAUGUUGUAAAUGCUGUCUUGAUGAAUUGAAUUUUAGUAUCGUGUUGAGAAUAAAUGCUAUAGUUGUUGUAAUCAAUAGAUAUGGCUGGGAUCAACUGUAGGUGGGAUUUGAUUAUUUCAGUUCCAUUUGAAUUGUAAUUUGUCCUUCUAGUCCA